UCACCAAAAAUCAUAACCGAUGUGGAUCAGAAGGAGCAGGUACCAGACGGGGAGAUAACCUGCCCCAGCUAACAAUCCCGAAGUACUUCUUCAAUCAACGUUCGAAUUUGAGAAAGGAUUAAGUAUCGAAAGUUUAUUUCAACGAGAGAAUCUCGCUGAGUUACAGCGUGACUACGCCAUGGGGCACCCUCAUUAUCUCUUGUUACUGUUAAUUAUAGGUUCCACCACACUACAGGCAGCAGCACAAAAUAAUACAUCUGGAGCAACAACAACUGAUACAACUGAACCAACAACAACUGUUACAACUGAAUCACCAACUACACCUGGACCAACAACUACAGGUGUAACUGAAUCACCAACUACACCUGGACCAACAACUGCCAGUACAACAGAAUCACCAACUACACCUGAACCAACAACUACAGGUGUAACUGAACCACCAACUACACCUGGACCAACUACAGGUGUAACUGAAUCACCAACUACACCUGAACCAACAACUACAGGUACAACUACGUCACAAACUACACCUGGACCAACAACUACAGGUACAACAGAAUCACCAACUACACCUGGACCAACAACUACAGGUGUAACUGAAUCACCAACUACACCUGGACCAACAACCUCCAGUACGACUGAAUCAACUACAACCGCACAAACUCCGGGGGUAGUUAAUGUCCCGCUCUCUUUCAGUAUUGAUGGUGAAUUUAAUCCAAGUUUAAGUAAUCGAAAUUCUCCCGCAUUCCAAUCCUUGGCUGCGGAUAUUAUUAGAGGGCUUGAAAUGGUGUUUGGAGGAACCCCAAAUUUUCGUCGAGCAGUUGUCAAUAGUUUCAGGAAUGGAUCCAUUAUCACAAAUUGCACCCUAGAGUACGAAAACACCACCACACCGCCCACUGAGUCCGCGGUGGUGAGCCUAUUGGCGAAUAAUUUAGACAACGGCACAGAUUUUGGAAACGCCACACUUAUUCGAUCGUCCAUCAGUUCUGGUGGUACCACUUUCAACGAUUUGGAGUCUACAACUACAGGUGUAACUGAAUCACCAACUACACCUGGACCAACAAGUACAGGUGUAACUGAAUCACCAACUACACCUGGACCAACAACUACAGGUACAACUGAAUCACCAACUACACCUGGACCAACAACUACAGGUACAACUGAAUCACCAACAACACCUGAAUCAACAACCACAGGUACAACAGAAUCACCAACUACACCUGAACUGCCAACUUCCAGUACGACUGAACCACCAACUACACCUGGACCAACAACCUCCAGUACGACUGAAUCAACUACAACCGCACAAACUCCGGGGGUAGUUAAUGUCCCGCUCUCUUUCAGUAUUGGUGGUGAAUUUGAUCCAAGUUUAAGUAAUCGAAAUUCUCCCGCAUUCCAAUCCUUGGCUACGGAUAUUAUUAGAGGGCUUGAAAUGUUGUUUCGAGGAACCCCAAAUUUUCGUCGAGCAGUUGUCAAUAGUUUCAGGAAUGGAUCCAUUAUCACAAAUUGCACCCUACAGUACGAAAACACCACCACACCGCCCACUGAGUCCGAAGUGGUGAGACAAUUGGCGGAUAAUUUAGACAACGGCACAGAGUUAGGAAACGUCACACUUAUUCGAUCGUCCAUCAGUUCUGGUGGUACCACUUUGAACGAUUUGGAGUCUACAACUACAGGUGUAACUGAAUCACCAACUACACCUGGACCAACAACUACAGGUACAACUACGUCACAAACUACACCUGGACCAACAACUACAGGUGUAACUGAAUCACCAACUACACCUGGACCAACAACUACAGGUACAACUGAAUCACCAACAACACCUGAAUCAACAACCACAGGUGUAACUGAAUCACCAACUACACCUGAAACAACAACCACAGGUACAACAGAAUCACAAACUACACCUGGACCAACAACUACAGGUGUAACUGAAUCACCAACUACACCUGGACCAACAACUACAGGUACAACUGAAUCACCAACUACACCUGGACCAACAACUACAGGUACAACUGAAUCACCAACUACACCUGGACCAACAACUACAGGUACAACUGAAUCACCAACAACACCUGAAUCAACAACCACAGGUACAACUGAAUCACCAACUACACCUGGACCAACAACUACAGGUACAACUGAAUCACCAACUACACCUGGACCAACAACUACAGGUACAACUGAAUCACCAACAACACCUGAAUCAACAACCACAGGUACAACAGAAUCACCAACUACACCUGAACUGCCAACUUCCAGUACGACUGAAUCACCAACUACACCUGGACCAACAACUACAGGUGUAACUGAAUCACCAACUACACCUGAAACAACAACCACAGGUACAACUACGUCACAAACUACACCUGGACCAACAACCACAGGUGUAACUGAAUCACCAACUACACCUGGACCAACAACUACAGGUGUAACUGAAUCACCAACUACACCUGGACCAACAACUACAGGUACGACUGAAUCACCAACUACACCUGGACCAACAACUACAGGUACAACUGAAUCACCAACUACACCUGGACCAACAACUACAGGUGUAACUGAAUCACCAACUCCGGGUGGAAAUAAUGUCCCGCUCUCUUUCAGCACUGUUGGUAAUUUUACAGCAAGUUUAAGAAAUCGAAGUUCUCGCGAAUUCCGAUCCUUGUCUUCCGAUAUUAUUAGAGGGCUUAAUAGUGUGUUUAGAAGAACCCUAAAUUUUAAUGGAGCAUCUGUCAUUCGUUUCAGGAGUGGAUCCAUUAUCGCAGAUUGCAACAUAGCGUUUGUAAACACCACCACACCGCCCAGUCGGUCCGCAGUGGUGAGACAAUUGCUGAAUAAUUUAGACAACGGCACAGAGUUAGGAAACGUCACACUUUUUCCAACAACCAUCCGUUCUGGUGCUAUUACUGUGAACAGUUUGGAGCCUAUUUCUUUGAAUAUUUCCUAUGUGAUAGAAGAUAGGGCUUUCACCACCGACCUCAGCAGCAUGAGUUCCACUGCGUUUAGAGAUCUCCGCUCUUCAGUGAUUAAUUGGCUUAAUCCAGUGUUGACUUCCGUGUUUAGUCCAAGUACCAUGUCCACUUAUACUGUCACUUUUAGCAAUAAUUCAACAAUGGUGCAAGUAUCUACAAACGUUCAGAUCAACACCACCGCCAUUGCGAAUCCGCAAAUGCUGCUUGACUUACUCAUUCGAAAUGUCAGUGACUCGGGAUUUGACAUCAUCAUCUCCAGUAUUAUCGUGAACGGUAUGAUCGUUGUCGCUGACAGAUUCCCACUGCCACUUCGCUUCACCAAUAUAAACUUCACAACCGACCUCAACAUGAGAGGAAGUGACAGGUUCAGAAACCUCAGCGCCAUCAUAACCAUCGUGGUGACCGAUACCUUCAGAAAUAAUCCCAACUUCACCGAUAUCGUAGUUGAUGGAUUUGCGAGUGGGUCAGUUUUGAGCGACACGACUAUCACCGCGAAAACAGGCACUAUAACGGCAGCCGCUGCAGCCCAAAUACUGGCCAAUAACACUGAUGCGUUUACCAGGAUGGGUCUACUCUUGGAUGUCAACGCCCUUACCAACACAACGACUACUAUGGCAACAAUCACGACGGGAAGGACUACCACGGUUACCAUGACAACCACGCCAACCACGCCAACCACGCCCGCCACGACCGGUCGGACGGUCAACCAGACUCCACCACGACCGUUCCCAGGUUUUGCUGUUGCCAUCAUCGUCUUGUGUAUCCUCGCGCUCCUCGCCAUGCCCCUCGUUAUUUUCCUGUGUGUCAGGAGCGGUUAUUGUUCCAAAAUGGCAAAUGCCUUCCAGUUGGAAUCCCCUGAUAAUUUAGACCUGCGACUUCCAAUGUUUGGGGGGCGCUCGUACAACUUCAACUGACGAGACACCAGAGAGACCAGAACUUUGGAUUCAGAGGGAAAAGUUGACAUGGAUUUUGAAGAAUACACAAGAGGAAUAUUGACCAGAGUACUUUUCUAACAACCCAACCAAAUCAAUGCACGUGUAACCUAAUGGACCAAGGUAUCAUCAUGCUAACUCUUUCAAAUCAAAUCUAUAAAGUGGUAGUUACCAGGUUUUCCUUUAUAAUGAAAAAUAUACAUAUUGUCAUGUUGUAUGGAUGUGGCUGUAUCCAGAAUUUGUUUUUGAUGGGAGGUUUGUAUUAAAUUUAUAUAUGUUUGUAAAGUAUCUUCUCUGAACUAGUAUAUCACACACGUUGGCCCAAAUCAGCUUCCUGCCAAAUUGUUGAUAGUCUCGUGGCGUGGGAAAGCUCACUGGCUUGCAGGCAUCUCCAAAGCUAUGCCAUGGACAAACGUUGACCUGCACUGAAUGAAUGGAAUUUUAUUUGAGUGCAAGUGUACACU